AUGCUUUCCUGGCCGUUCUCGUACUCCUCCGACGCCGACCUGAAUAAUGAACAGCUCGCCUCUGAGCAACAAGUUGCUGCCCCUCGCGCGAACAAGUCUCCCCACGAUCUCUUGCACCACUACAAAGCGCCCGGAACUCGUCCACCGUCUGCGCGGGUCGACCCAAGGCUGAAGCAAAGGGAGCGCGCAUUCAAGAUAUGGGAUGUUUGGAAAUAUGGAGCACUGGCCGCAAGCAAGGCUACGGAAGUUGCUCUCGACUUGGCGUCCCACUCUCUGUUCGGGCCACGGAGAAAGUCCUGGGGGCUUGAAAUGACGCUGAUCACCAGUUUCAUGCGCAAUGUCGGGAAGCACUCCCAUCUCGUCGAUAUAGCGACUGUUAGGCUCCUUAUAGGUCUGAGUGGCUUGAUACCGACGCCCUCCGAUGCUCUAGUGACCCCUGUCACGUUCCGGGUCCGCAAACGCAACUUGCGUGGUAUCCUCCAAGAAUUCGAUAGUCUGGAGGAUGGGUCACGGGAACUAUAUGGCGAGUGGGUGGUCGGUAAGAAGUUGUGGAAGAGGUUGCAGGCAGACUGGAACGCUACGCGCAAAGCCGCUGCCUCGCCCGGGCCCGCUGAAGAGGCAAACCCCUCCCCAAAACAGGCGAAACGGAAAGAUAGAGUGAUACUAUAUCUCCAUGGUGGGGCGUACUACUGCUUCAGUGCCACUACCCAUAGGUUGAUCACUAUUCCACUGUCAAAGUGGACAGAAGCCAGGGUUUUUGCCAUUGAUUAUCGCCUUGCCCCCGAAACCAGAUUCCCUGGCCCGUUGCAUGAUGCCGUCAUUGCCUACCUUCGGCUGGUGGAGGACUUGAACAUACCCCCAGAAAAUAUCUUGAUCUCAGGUGACAGCGCGGGCGGUGGCUUAUCCCUUGCGGUAUUAAUGUACCUGAGGGACAACGGAUACCCUCUCCCUGGUGGCGCCAUACUGAUGUCGCCUUGGGUUGAUCUGACCAUGAGUUGUGACUCCUGGGACAGCAAUGCGGAUUUCGACGUUGUGCCGCGUCCCGAUCCUGCAUCUCACCUGGAUCCCAUCGCGUGCUACCUAGGUGAAAACAUGGAAAAAUACCUGACGCAUCCGUAUGCUUCGCCCCUCUUCGGUGAUUUCGUGGGCUUGCCACCGAUGCUUGUGCAAUGCGGAGAUGCAGAGGUCUUGCGCGACGAGAUAACACUCUUGGCGCACAAAGCAACCCUUGCUGGCGUGGAUCUCCAGCAUGAGCUGUAUGAGGACGCGGUGCAUGUUUUCCAGGCAUUCCCGUUCCUGGACGUCACAGAGAGAGCGUUCAUGGCAUGCCGCUCCUGGGUACGACACCACUUGCCUGCGGUUCAACGUCAGGCCCCUAGGCCUCUCAACGUACGGGCGGAGAACGGCCUCGAGAACGAGACGUGCAAUGAUAAGACACGCGUUGUCAGAGGAGAUGGCGUCGAAAUCACCUCUGAUACCGAGAUCGUGAAAGAGGAAGCCAACGACGACGCUCACCCUCAUCAUGACGAAGAUGACGGUCAUUCCAGCCAAGAAGAAGAGCCCAGUUGGCAGCGCGUUCAGUCUCCCUGGCCGUCUCCGCCUCCGAGCGACGGCGAGGGAGACAAGUCGUCGCAGGAACGCUACACCCUUCGUCGCAUACAUUCCUCCGCCUCGUCAUUGAUGCGCACCGACUUUGCAUCAUCUUCGUCGAAGGCUGUCAUGACGCCGCCCUCCCCUCGUAACCAUCGCCGGACGCCCUCUGCCACGCUCCGCAUGACCGAUAUACGCAGAUCAGGCACUGCGACCCUGAGCAUCUCCUCUACCUCCUCUCAGGCACCGCGUCCUGCGAUCCGCCGCGCCGCUUCCAGCCACCCCGACAUCUCCAUGCUCUGCCAAUCCUGGUAUUCAGGCCCUGCUAAUCACACGACGACCUACCGGCCGGAGACAGCAUCGCGUGUCCCAACGCCAGCCCCUAAGCACACUGCCAACCGCGAGGCUUCAGGCAGCAACAUGUUCUGA